UUAUGUAUCAUUGUCGCGUCCAUGACUCGGAUUAGUAGUCAGUCUAGUGAAGAUGGCCGAAAACAAUGGCACUGGUUAUUGAGCUAACUUUGCGUUCUCCUGAUACUUGUCAACAAAGAAGUUAUCAUUAAUUAAAGCGUAACUGAAGCACACAUCAUAGUCACACGUAUAUAUUAUGGCAACUGCUAUUCAAAAGAAUGGCAUGAAACCUUUAACAAACACAAUAAAUCAUGUAGAAGGUGUAAAUAAUUUAGAUAAUACAGACAUAUGUAAAGAAGAAAAAGAUGAAAGACUGUUUGACGGACAAAUUCAACCUUACAUGGAUCCUCCUGAACAAGAACCUCGCGAACUGGAUAUUGUUAUUAAUAAUGUAGUCUGCAGUUUCAGUGUUAGGUGUCAUUUAAAUUUACGAGAAAUUGCGCUUAAUGGAUCUAACGUGGAAUAUAGGAGGGAGAAUGGGAUGAUAACAAUGAAAUUAAGAAGACCUUAUACUACUGCUUCUAUAUGGUCUUCUGGUAAAGUAACAUGUACUGGUGCAACCAGUGAAGUUCAAGCAAAAAUAGCAGCAAGAAGAUUUGCUCGUUCACUACAGAAACUUGGAUUCAAAGUGCGAUUUAACAAUUACAGGGUGGUUAAUGUGUUAGGUACAUGUUGUAUGCCAUUUGCAAUUAAGAUUACAUCAUUUUCAUUAUAUCACAAGGAAAAUGCAGAUUACGAGCCAGAAUUACAUCCUGGUGUUACAUACAAACUGACGGAACCAAAAGCCACUCUGAAGAUAUUUUCGACGGGCAGUGUUACAGUAACUGCUCCUAAUGUUGCUGCUGUUCAAGCAGCAAUUGAAUACAUCUAUCCACUAGUCUAUGAGUUUCGUAAAGAAAGAACAGCAGAAGAUGAGCUUGCAUUGCCAACAAAAAAGCGUAGAAUGGGUGUAAAUAAAAGAAAUCACGACGAGUUCCUACAUGACCCAGAUUUUUCGGUAUGGUUUUCGGAUGAGGAAGAGGAAGUUGAAGAGGCUGACAGCGACGCCAGUUGGGACUGAUCUGUUUCUUUUGCUGCUCUUCUGUUAAAUGUGGAACUGUUAUAUCUUGUUCUUUGAAAAAUAGAUACGCACUUCUCUGUGUACAAAAGUGUUAUCAUAAAGAGUGAAGUGAAGCAUUCGUUUUCUCUUAGUGAAAAGACAAUGUGUGAGUGCCAGAAACAAAUAACCACGCAUGCGUGAUUUAAUUAUGGUUUCAUUAAUAUCGAAUCAAACUGAAUACCAUUGUCGAAACAAUAUCAUCGUAAUAUACUUUCAUUAAUGGUACAUAUAUGCACAUAGGUACAUUUAUUUAUGGAUACAUGUGUCUAUGUACAUAUAAAUAUUAAAUAUGUUACACACAAUGUUAUAUACAUAAUCGUUUUGUUUAGUGAACAAUUUUCAAAUAUUUGUUUCAACUGUUUUUUUCUCAUUUUUUUUUUCUGUGACAAAGCUUAGUACAUUUAAGCAAUUAAAACAGUUCUAGGAAGGACUUGUUUGUAAGUAUACUCCUCUAUAAUUUAGGUAAAGAAAGAGUACACGCUUCUAAUGGUUCUCAUUAUAUAUAAUCGAUACGAUUAUGUACCGAAGUAUUGUGGCGGUAAUCAAAAGCGUGUAUAUUCUUGCUGUCUUUUGUGCUACUUCUUUCUACUCAUAGAUGUAAUCUAUUUUUGCUUAAUUAACGUACUGUGCCAAAGAUGGAUGUUCAAAAUUUGAAGCAAAGUGAUCAAAGUGGCAUCUAGGAAGCUGAAAAUUUUGUUCAUUAUAAUUAUUAGCUUUUGUACUACAAUGACACGUUUCAGUGAAUAUGAAAAUAUUUCACAAUUAUUACUUUAAGUUACAUUAUGAAUAUGGAAGGAUCAUUCUCUUGGAAGCAAUGCAAAUAAUUUAAAAUUUAAUAAUCUGUUUACUUAACAAUAUAUAUAUUUGCUUGUAUUAUUAAAUGUUUUUGUUUAGAAAAUUGCAGGCUGUUUUUACAAAAUACAAUAGAAGAUAUAUAAAAUUGAUAUUAAAUUCAGCUAUUAAUUACUUUAAAUUUACACAGGCCUGAUAAUAGUGUCCUGAGAUUUGGUUUUUUUAUUUAUAGUUGUAUUUUCAUAUAAAAACAAAUUUUUAGAGUAGAAUAAUUUAUUUCUUUAAUCUCUCGUUUUUGUUGUUGAAAGAAAAAGAACUUCUUGAAAUGAGUUGUAAUUUUUUGAUAAAACUGUUUGUCAUUCUGUUUUCUGAAGGUUACAACAGAAGUUUAGAAAAUACAAUAGAAUAAAGUAUCAUAUUACUUAUUGUUUCCUAUAUUAAUCAUCUAUGUGUAAGCUUUUAUUUAUUUGUCACUUGCAGUAUCCUCAUGACGAUAAGUGCAUUUGAAUCAUGUCAUCUCCAAUAUUAUUUUAUAUUAUAGUUUCAGAGACAAUAUUUUAUUUUUCAUUUUGCUCUUGUUGACAUUACCGAAGCAUUCAAUGAUUGAAGUCUACUUAGUAUGUUUUAGAUAUAUGAAACUUGACUGACAGAAUUAUUUUUAAGUUCCUUUUGCUAAUAAAAAUUAUCAGUACAUAUGACAUAAAAUUUUAUAUAAACGGUAAAAAAGAAUCAUUGUUUGAUUAUUUUUUAAUUAAUUAAAUACAAUAAUAUGAAUUUAUAUACAACAUAUUGGUAAAUGAAUUAAACAUCUACAUUAAUAUGCUAUUAGUUGUAUAUUUCUUAAAAAUUACUGAACGAAAGGUGUAGUUUAGAAUUGUUACUAUUAAAUAAACGCUAUUUAUGAUUCCUUUUCGUAUCACAAAAGUAUAUACGUGUACAUGAAGAGAUGGAACGCUAUACAACAAAGAUUAAUCUGUACCUUGUGCCAUACAAAAUAAUAUUCGUACAUUGAGCUUAUUUGAAUUUUUUAUAAUUUCUCACAAUUUAUUGUUUGCAUACUGAACAACCUUUUUACAAAGAAGCUAUAGUCACUGCCCAUAAUAUAUUUCAUACAAAAAUUAAAGAGACUUCAGCUUGAACAAAUAUGUGACAUUAAGUAACAUAGCACAGAAAUGAAAAUCUGGUUAUAGUUAAGAUUGACUAUCUCAAUAUAUUGAAGAUUGAAGUAAUGCAAGAAUAAUUGUGUAAUCAUAUGAAAGUUUAUUUAAUUUUAUUCAUCCAAGCGUAUGUUUUGCAUAACCUUCUGAAAAUAGUUCACAAUUGUAGUAUACAAUAUGUAACAUAUUUCAGUAAUAAUGUACUUCAACAACCAUAUACAUUGAAAUGAAAUAUCAUUGAUUUUCAAAUUUGACAAAGAAAAAUUUGUUUGAACUAAUUUUAUGAAAAAUGAUUUCUGUUUAGUAUUUACAUAUACAAUGAAUUUUUUAAAUCGAUUUUCGUUGUUUUAUAUAUCUUCUUCAUGUAAAUGCCAAAUGUAUAAGUUUGGAAUAGAAGUUGUGUAUAUUUUAAAAUUGUUCAUUAAUCAAAAGAUAUACAUACUUAUUUCCUAUAGUCUAUUUAUUAAGAAAAAUAUGAAUAAAGUUUUAAAAACAACACUUAAAUUAGGCAAAGCAUUAAUAAUAUAAUACUUCUUGCAAAUUAACUUAUUCCCAUGAAUAUAAUAAUUUGGAUACUAUAUAGAUAAUAUUUUACAAAUGCUAUACUUCAAUAACGCACAUUGUUCAUUUCAUAUAUUGCGAAAAAUGUUUCUUCGUUAUGUUACCGUGUCACAUAAAAUGAUCAUUGUGAUAACAAUUUUCAAUUCAAUGAAUUAGUUAUUUAAAUAGUGUUGCUGUACGGUUGUAUGCAUGAAGUACGGAAAUGUUUCCUUUUUUUUAUGGAAUAAAGGCUAAUAUAAUCACGAUUAGGAAUCAUAUUAUUUUCAUAUAUAGACCUUAAACUGAUAUCUACCUUAUUUGAGCUUAUUUGAUAGCUUUCAAGUAAACACAGUCUAUUUUUGCAUAUAUCUCUUUACAAGUUUUCCUGUCAUCAUAACUGCCAGUUUUACUAGUUCUUUUAAACAUAAUAAUAAAUUUCAAAAACGUAAAUAUCCAUAGUAUCAUGGUACUAUUUCUGAUCAUUAUUAUCUUUAAAUAAAUAUACGUGGAGGACGUUUCAUUUAAAUAUUAUACAUUAAACAUCUAAGAAAGAAUUACAGAUGAAUUUUUAUUCAAAUUCAACUUAGUGUCAGCUUGGAACUGCAGUGAUUAUAGUAGUAUUAUAUGUAACUUAGAUUAAGUUUUAACAAAGCCACUGUUUAUUAUGAUUGUAUGUAUAACUGCCAAUUGGACUAUGAAUAAUGCUACCUAUUUUGUACAUUUCUUCAGUAGUUUAAUGAAAUUCAUCAUUUCAAUGAUUUUUCAAAUUCAUGACAAUAAAAUAGUAUCAUUAUAGUUUCUUAAUGUAAUAUUUUCUGUCUACAAAAUAGAGUUUUCUUAAUAACAUGUCAUAAUUUAUCCACUGUCCUUAUAAUUUAAUGCUAAUCCUUAUAUCUAUACCUCACAGAUGCAACAUAAUCAUUAUGCGAUGCAACAAAUGUCUCUAUUUUUGCUGAUCUUCACGUGAAUUUUUAAUAUUCCUUUACAUGUGCUUAAAAUUACCUGUAAUUAGUAAAAUCGGUUUUGCCUUUGUGUCGCAUGUGCUAUUUACUUUGGUUAAAUUUUUACGAUUACUCUAAUGGAGAAAUGAAAGUGUUUAAACUAUUAACAAUAUAAUAUAUACAUUUAUUGAAUUCAUUAAAUUAUGUGCUUCUAAAUAGAAUUUUACAUUCCAGGCCUUGUAAUGUUACUACUUUCUAGUCUGAGACUAUGCGUACACCAAAGACAGUUUGUAAAACCAUGUUACAAUUUAAAAUAGUAUAAGUAACAUGAAUACAUUGCUCAAGAUUGAUCAAAUUUUAGAUGCAAUUCCACAUAGUGCUUGUACAGUUAAAAAAAGUACUUAGAUUUCUUCAAAAUUGAAAUUAAUCUAUUUGUUAUAAAAAUAAAUGUGUUGAUGACUCUGACAGAGUUGAACAUUCUCCAUCGAUUCGUUUAUGUACUUUAAUAUCGAUAAAUAGAUAAUUGAUCAAUAAUAAAAUACAAUUUCAUAGUGUAAUAUCCUAUUAACAGGCACAUUUUUAUGUAUAUAAAUAAUUAGGUAUAUUCUUACAUGUGUAAAAAUCUUUAGGUAAUACAAAUGUUACAAUAACAAACAAAGGUUUAUAAAUUCGAAUAAUUCACGAAAAUUAGAAGUAAAUAGCAAUAUGUUACGGUUUAUUAAACAAACAAAAGUUGAUUUUUAAUAAAAUGAUUGAUUUCUUGAAAUUAUAAUUACACAUUUGAAGACUUCUUUCAAUAUUAAAUUAUUUCUCAUUAAUAUAAUAACACAUUAUCAUAUAACUGUAUUAGUUUAUAGU